GUGUUUACUCAGGCUGGUGAUUUCCUGCUUCAUCAUGUCCGGACGCGGCAAGCAGGGCGGCAAGGCGCGCGCCAAGGCCAAGACGCGCUCGUCGCGGGCCGGGCUGCAGUUCCCCGUGGGCCGCGUGCACCGCCUGCUGCGCAAGGGCAACUACUCCGAGCGCGUGGGCGCCGGCGCGCCGGUGUACCUGGCCGCGGUGCUGGAGUACCUGACGGCCGAGAUCCUGGAGCUGGCGGGCAACGCGGCGCGCGACAACAAGAAGACGCGCAUCAUCCCGCGCCACCUGCAGCUGGCCAUCCGCAACGACGAGGAGCUCAACAAGCUGCUGGGCAAGGUGACGAUCGCGCAGGGCGGCGUCCUGCCCAACAUCCAGGCCGUGCUGCUGCCCAAGAAGACCGAGAGCCACCACAAGGCCAAGGGCAAGUGAGGCCUUCUGCAGUUUGUAACUUACUCUUCUCGAACCAAAGGCUCUUUUCAGAGCCACCCACUUUACCA